UUUUCCCCUGUGGCAUCGUCUGGCACUUCCUCCUCAGGGUCGCCCGAAUUUAUAGCGCCAGCCAACCCAGGACGGGGUCCAAGAUUGAUAGUCAUACUACUAAGAAAGCGAACUAGCUCCCUCGUCAUUGCCGAUGAUACUUCUGAGUCGUUAUCUUCUGAAUCCGCUCGUGGUAGCACAAAAAGAAACAACUCUUCCAAAUGUCUCCCAACAUGCCUCUCAAAGUUUGUCGCUGGCCGAAUUUCAUCCUGGCACAACGGACAGAUCGACUCAUUCUCUGGCCCGUAUUUUAACGAGUGUGUAUCUUCCAAAUGGUGA